GAGAGUCAAAAGGCAGAUCUGAAGGGAAGAAGACAGGAGUUUAUAAAGCAGGUGAAGAGGGUGGAAUGAAGAUCAGUUAGAGAAUAAAGUCCAAGUAUGGUUGUGAUGGAAACAAGCUUCAUUACCGUGGCAAGGAGGGUAGCAGUCAAAGGAUCUUUCCAUCUUUUUAUUGGUCAAUCAUAUCCCUUAAAGUCAAACCAUGGGGGGCAGCUGGGUGGCUCAGUGGAUUGAGAGCCAGGCCCAGAGAUGGGAGGUCCUGCGUUCAAGUCUGGCCUCAGACACUUCCUAGCUGUGUGACCCUGGGCAAGUCACUUAACCCCCAUUGCCUAGCCCUUACCACCCUUCUGCCUUAGAACCAAUACACAAACAAUAAAUGUUUAACAAACUAUUCUCUGGGGAAAAUAUGUACACAUGCAAUACUUUUAAGUUUAAUCUGCAUUAUUUGCAGUUUCCCCAUUACUUUCUUAAGUUUUGACAGUCAACAAAACAAUAAACUCAAAUCCAGAUUUAUAAUGUUUGUUUCAAAGGUAUAAAUGCUUCCAUUAAAAUUUAGCAAUCCAUCUUGAGUGAACCAGGUUCAGAUGGCCCUAGCACAGCUCUGGAUGUCAGUCUAUCAGUCUGUCAAUAAACCAGUAUUAAGUAUCUGCUAUGUGCUAGGCAACGUGAUAAUUAAAUGUGUUAGUUAUUACUGUGAUCCUUAUGGAAAUUCCUCCAUGUUUUGGCUUUAAAUUAUCUUUUCCACUUUUCUCUUGUAUGAAACAUUUCCUCUAAGUCCAAGUUUGACUGUCAAGCAUACUCUCUUAUGUAUUGUAUUAUCAGUCCUACUUCCAAGUAUAAGCUGAUGACUACAGCCUUCCAAAGUAUCCUUGUUUCUUACCUGCAAAAGAUCCCACAUUUCUACAGACCAAACCAUCUUAUUUCCAUUUUCUGAACUCGUAAAGAAUUUGCUGUGUACAUUACUUAUAAUCAUGUAAUAUCUUGUUUUGCUAAGGACCUUGGUAGCUUAGUGGGUAGAGGGUUUGCUGGGCCAAAGUCAGGAAGACUUGAUAUCAAAUAUGAUCUCAGAUAUGGACUGUGUGACCCUGGGUAAGUCACUUAACCUCUCCAUGUUUCAGUUUCCUCAUUUGUAAAAUGGGAUAAAUAAUAGCAUUUGUCUUCCAAGGUAGAUAAUAAUCGUAAAGCACUUAGCAUAGUGUCAUGUCUGACACAUAAUAAGUGCUAUGUAAAUGUUAGCUAUUAUUAUUACUAGUUGUAUCAUUUUUAACCUCUAUCUGUCUUAGUUUCUCCAUUUGUGAAAUGGAGUUGAAAAUAGCAUCUAACUCCUAGGGUUGUUGUAAGGAUAAAAUAUAAUAUUUUCAAAGUGCUUUUGAAAUCUAAAAGAACUAUGUUAAUAAAUGCUAGCUCAGUAACUGAUAAUUUUCUCAUAUUUUCUAGUUAGGUAAAUAUUCUCUUUAAAUUAGCAUCCAAACUUUUAAUUAUUUGUAUCCCACAUGCUGAUGGGAAGAGUCCAGUGCACAUUUAAAAAGGUUCAAUAUGAUUUGCUGCAUGAAUUCGAGGAAACACAGAAAAAUGGAACUGAAGGUAGGGGGUUGUGGUAUUCAAUACUUCUAAAAUCCUCACCCUAGACCUGUGGUCGCCAUCCAAAAUUAGAUGAUGGACAAGGUUUCUUUUCUCCCAAUUCUUUCCACAGGAAAUAUAGAAUCACCUAAAGUUUCGCAAGCAUCUUGUGAACUUGUCACGUGUGCCGUUGGUGUAGGAAAAGCAGCUUCAUGCCAUGGCUGUAGGGGAAGUGCCUUUGAACUUGGAGUACCACCCAUUUCCAAAAGGGAGCCAAGGAGUAGGAGCAGGCUAUACCAGCUUCCAGAAGUCUCAUUUUCUCACUGGUGCUUUAAUGACAAGCUCAUGCCAUCCUAUUAGAUGUACGAUGAAGCCUGAUUGACAACUGGCAUUGAGGACAUAAUUACCUAUGCAUACUUUAAGCAUGCAUAUACCUGCACCUCCCUUUGUUCUUUGGCUACCUAGUCUUAGAAUCUUCCUAACAAGUGUAUGAGGUUUCCAUGAAGAGGAACUGCUGCUCUGACAAAUGCUUCCUAUUUAAAGAAUUGUUUGCCAUAUAGUUUGCCCCUUACCUCAUGUCUACACUUGAAAACAAGACAUCUAUGAAGGUGGGAGGGUUUUGAAUAUUGUUGUCUAUUUGUAAUGAGUAGCUGCUGAAGUUUCUGCAACUGAAGACCAUGGAAAGAUGGCAGAGAGUCUCCUUCCUCAUGCUUCUGUGCUUUCUGAUUCAUAUUAAAGGUCAAGAUGACUUCGAUUUAGCAGAUGCACUUGAUGAUAAUGAGGACAUCACAAGGAGACCUCCCCCAGCUACCAAGAAACCAGGAUCAGGUAUCUACCCCAAACCCAAUCCACCCUAUCAUCCUCAACCUGGAUUCCAUGACAAUCCUGGAGGUAACAUUCAUGAUAUAGAUCUGGAUGAUGGGCGCUACCCACCAAAACCUAGACCCCCAUCAGGAGGAGGUGGAUAUCAUUCCAAUAAUUUUGGCAGCACUCAUGGUAAAAGAGGAGGGGGCUAUAACUCCAAUUACAAUAAUCAUGGAGGAGGGGGAUAUAAUCCCAAUUCUCAUUAUGGAAAUACUUAUGGUGGAGGAGGAUAUUCAGAUUAUGGAAAUGCUCAUGGGGAUAAUAUAGCUAGAAUUGUUUCUCCUAUUGUUUCUGUGGUUGUGGUAUCACUUGUUGGAGCUGCUACAAGCUAUUUUGCUUAUAACCGGAGGAGAAACUGCUGCAGAACUAAUGAGCCAGAGACUGUCUGAAAGAGGAAGGAAUCUGCAGUGACUUUCACAUGAACUGUAAUAAGAUCAGAAUGGACAUUUAUCAUGUACGUUAUGUAGAAGAAUUUUUUAGUCUAAUAAGGACACAUCAAUAUACCAAAAGAAUUUUCUUCUUCUAAAACAUGUAAUUCAUCUAAAUGAGGAUUCCAAACUUCUUUGUAUAAUGUAGAUACAAUAAUAGAUACUGUAGUAUAAUGAUACUUUUUACAAAAAAAAAGAAGACUGAAUUAAUAUUUAUAGUGUUUAAUGUGGAAAUGAGAACUUAUAUUCUUCUUAGUUCUUAGAAUAUCUUUUAUAAAAAUAUAUAAAUAUUUUAACCAUUACUUUUUUCAUAAUGCCUACAUAGGCACAACUUUAGAGGGACCACUAUAGAUGUACUUAGUGACAUAUACAAUGGGUAACAAUGCAAAGGUAAAGAAAACAUCCCAUUCCAAUAAUAUUUUUGUGCAAAAAGUCAUCAAAGCAAAGUGCUUUUUUAAAAAUUUCAACCAAAGGCUUAUUUAUGAGUGAAAUUGAUUUACUUCCAACAUUGACAGAAAAACCUAAAUACUGUACACUUGAUAUUUCAAAUUAAGAUGAUAAAUGCAACACACUAAAAACAAAAUUCCUGGGGUAGUAAUAUUGAAAACUUAUCAUUACAUUUUUUUGAGGGUAUUUUCUUUUUAAAAUAAAAACAAGAAAUAUGGACUGGCUUUUGAGUCAUUGUAAUUUCCAAUUUUUAAUUUGUUGCCAUUAGUACUUGAAUUUAAUUCAUGUCAAUAUUCCACUUCCUUCAUUGUGACACUUCUGUAACAUCACAUGUAUGUAUAAAAACUUAACUCCUGUGAUUGUGUUGAAAUGUUUAUAGAUGAGUGUGUGAUUUCCAAUACAAAAGAAUGAAAGUUUCUUCAGAGUAGGAAUUAUUUCUUUCUCUUUUUAUUUCGUAUUCUUAGACCCCAACAUGGUGACUGGCAUUUCAGUGGUGCUUAAUAAUAUUUUUGAUUGAUUGACUGAUUGGUUACACCUAUAAGGCACCAAUAUAGUAGGCAAAGCUAAAGUGGUGCUUAGUUGCUAAUGGUAGGUAUGCUGAGAAGUAUUGAAAAAAUGAUAAAAAAGACUACUUUUUGGUUUACUAUAGUAAAAAAGUUAGUCUUAAAAUUAUAUAAAAUUCAUAAACAGAUGAAAUAUGAUCCAUCUAGCACCUGUUACCUUUGCUUACAUAAUGUUUGGGGGGAGUGGGAAAAAAGAAGAUUCUUUGGUGUGUUUGUUAAUAAAUAAAACAUUGCAUGCUAUAUAGAAUGGAUGCAGAAUUUUCCAGACUGUUAAAAUCUCACUCCACCAACUGGGAUCCAUAGAACUAAAACCCCCAAAUCACUUUAUUCAGCAGCUUAUUUGAUUUUAAGACUUCAGCUUCAGAAAUUGAGAUAAAAAACAUUUUGAAGUAUUUCAAUCUUUUGGAAAGAUUGAAAAAACAAACAAAACAACAAACCAGUUAAAACUUCAGUGUAGAGUUACCAUAUAAUAUUGAAUCAAGUGUAAAUUAUCAUGUAAUUUUAAAUCAUCCUCAUUUUGUCUCUAAUUUGAAUGUUCUUCUGGCAAUCAUCUAUGUGUACCCUGCUUUGAAAGUGCCUAUUACAAAUCUAACAAUAGUCAUUCUAUGUGGCAGUCUAGUUUGAUAAUUUAAAAAUGUGUCCCACAUAUAUUAGAACAUUGUAAGGGUUUUUAGGAUUUUUUAAAAAGAUGAUCUUUAGUCUCUUUUAAGAUUGUUAUAUAUUUGUUUCAGUGAUUAAAAAUGUAUUGAAACAACAAAAUUAUCUUUUGCUUAUUAGUUAUAUUUUGUAUUAUAAAUGCUAUUAAAUAUUAUUGGGAAGCCAAUAACUGUCAAAAUUCUAAAACCAUCCAUCAUUGUAUAUCCUCAAUUUAUAUUU